UAACACUUCAGCAUAGUACUGUUCUCUCUCUGUGUCAUUAAUAACUAUAUAUUUAAAAAAUCUAUAUCAAAUUUUAAACCAGUAUACCAUAUAAACAGGUAUACUGCCAUCACUACAACAGAGUAUCCAAAACAGGAUGGUAGAGGUGUUGGGCCCAUUUCAACUUUUCUUUCUAAAAGCAACCAGAAGCAGCAGACGGAAGUGAUUUGAGUUAUCGCUAGUCUCAAUUCCAUGGCCAGGUGAAGGCUUAGCACAUGCUCCGCCUAUGCCGCAUGCUCCUGGAGGGGAUGAAAACUCAUGAGAAGAGGGUUCGGAGCCCAUGGCUGUUCUGUAGCGAGUAUCAAUGUUAACUCUUGGGUUCAAUAAAGACCAGUUGUGCUGCUGCUGCAUUCUGGAUCAUUUAUAGAGGUUUGAUUGCACAUGUUGGAAGUCUAGCCAGAAGGAGAGCAUUGUAAUAGUCCAGGAAAUAACAAGUUGUGCACCCUGUUGAGUUAGGAAGGGCCUGAUCUUCCUGAGGAAGUGCCUGAUCUUCCUGAAUCAAAUAAACUGCCAUCUAUAUAUUAAUAUGUACAGAAUAUUUUCCAAAUAAGCCAAUUCAUACUCAUACACUAGGGAUCUACUUAAGUUUUUCUCAGCUCAUCCAUCAUCAAACCAAGUUUAUCAUUGACACACUGAUGCAACAGCACGAAGUCACUAUGGAGUCGUCUCUCAUAAAGUCUCUCCCUCUGAUCGUAGUAAUCAUAACUGCAGCGGUUGAUGGUCUGUGGGGUUGGGGAGUGAAUUACAGCCCUUCAUAUGUUUGUGCAUUAAAGGGAUCAACAGUGAAAAUGUCCUGUACUUUAAAAUAUCCUUGUGGUCAUGUGAUCAGAACAGCCUUCUGGACCAAACAUGUUGUAAUUGAUGGAGAACCAUCCGAUCUGUGUUCAGAUCCAGAGAACAGAGGAGAGAUUCAGUGUCUGAUGGAAGAUAAAGACACUUAUAGCAUCACUUUGAAGGCUGUAACAGAAGCUGAUAAACACAUCUACUACUGCAGAUUUACUACAGACAUUAAGGGUGGAAAUUGGACAGGGAUUCCUGGAAUUCAGCUUGACGUCACAGACCUGCAGGUGGAGACACAGCAAAGUGUGAAAGAGAAUGAUUCAGUCAAUCUGACAUGUAAAAGCAGCUGCUCUCUGCCUGAACAAACAACAUUCGUCUGGUACAGAAACACACGGAUAUUAACUGAAGGAAUUGAGAAUGUGAAUCAGAUUCAGCUGCAGCCAGUCAACCUUUCUGAUGUAGGAAACUAUCAAUGUGCUGUAAGAGGAAGUGACCAUAAGAUCUCUCCACCUGUUUAUCUUAAUGUUGAAUAUCCACCAAAGAGUGUCUCAGUGUCCAUCAGUUCGUCUGGUGAAAUAACAUCAGGAGGUUCAGUGACUCUGAGCUGCAGCAGUGAUUCAAACCCUCCUGCUCUGAACUUCACAUGGUUUAAAGGAGAAACAUUACUAGGAUCUGGCGACACCUACAGCAUCACUAAUAUUAAGUCUGAGGCCAGUGGAAACUACUAUUGCACUGCUAGAAAUAAACAUGGAUCUCAGUCCUCUGCUGCUGUGAACGUGAAUGUCAUGUAUCCACCAAAGAGUGUUUCGGUGUCUGUCAGUCCAUCUGGUGAAAUAGUGUUAGGAGAUUCAGUGACUCUGAGCUGCAGCAGUGAUUCAAACCCUCCUGCUCUGAACUUCACAUGGUUUAAAGGAGGAAAGUUUGUAGGAUCUGGAAGAAUCUUCAACAUCUCAAAGAUUAGCUCUGAUCACAGUGGAGGAUACAAGUGCAGAUCCAUCAAUGAACAUGGAGAGAAAGACUCUGAUACUGUGAUGCUGAAUGUCAUGUAUCCACCAAAGAGUGUCUCAGUGUCCAUCAGUCCAUCUGGUGAAAUAGUGUCAGGAGAUUCAGUGACUCUGAUCUGCAGCAGUGAUUCAAACCCUCCUGCAGAAAUCAGCUGGUUUAAAGGAGGAAAGUUUGUAGGAUCUGGAAGAAUCUUCAACAUCUCCAAGAUCAGCUCUGAUCACAGUGGAGGAUACAUGUGCAGAUCCAGAAAUAAACAUGGAGAGAAAGACUCUGAUACUGUGACUUUAAAUGUCAUGUAUCCUCCAAAGAGAGUCUCAGUGUCUGUCAGUCCGUCUGGUGAAAUAACAUCAGGAGAUUCAGUGACUCUGAGCUGCAGCAGUGAUUCAAACCCUCCUGCUCUGAACUUCAGCUGGUUUAAGGAGGGAAAGUCUGUAGGAUCUGGACAGAGUUUUAGCAUCUCAAAGAUCAGCUCUGAUCACAGUGGAGGAUACAUGUGCAGAUCCAGAAAUAAACAUGGAGAGAAAGACUCUGAUACUGUGACUUUAAAUGUCAUGUAUCCUCCAAAGAGCGUCUCAGUGUCUGUCAGUCCGUCUGGUGAAAUAACAUCAGGAGAUUCAGUGACUCUGAACUGCAGCAGUGAUUCAAACCCUCCUGCUCUGAACUUCAGCUGGUUUAAGGAGAAUGAAAGCUCAGCUGUUGGAUCUGGACAGAGUUUCAGCAUCUCCAGCUUUAACUCCAGUUUCAGUGGACGCUUCUACUGUGAGGCUCAGAAUAAAUAUGGAUCUCAGAGAUCAGCGUCUGUUUCACUCACUGUUAAAGUUGCUCAGCAUACAGGUUACUGGAUCAUGAUAGUAUUGAUCUUCAUCAUCAUCAUCAUCAUCAUCGUUGUAUUCAUAAAACUCUUCAGAUGAAGAUCAUUCCAGCUCUGAUGACGCCUCCUGUCCAGCUUCUGGUGACACGGCUUGAAACAUUUGAAAUUGAGCUUACAAGAGUUUGCAAAAUGUAUUUUUUGUAUUGGUCUUGCAAAUAUAUAUUUUAGCCUGCUUGCCACAUUUUAUGUUUGUGCUGCAUAUGCAAAUGCAUUUUAGGAGAAAACUUCUAGGUCAAUUAAAGUAGUUAAAGUAACGUUGCAGUGACGUAGUCAAUACUUUCGUGUAUGAUUCAUUGGAGUAUUAAAAUGUCAUGUAUGCAUGUUAAUUGCACAGCUAAUCAGUACUUUCAUGUUAAACUCAGUAUAACUAACUGUAUGGAAGUUUAUUAAUGCCAAAAGUGUUUGAAAUAAAAGAAGCCUGUUGAAUUGCACUAAUCGAAAAAAUGUGCAUUGCAUUAACCGUGUUUGCAUUUUAAUGCAAUGUAUUUUUAGGGCUUGCAUUUUUGUGGGCUGAAAUUCAACAUGAUCGUAAAAAAAAAAAAGGGAGGGGAGGGGCUCUAGAAAGGCAUACCUAAAGUGGUUUACCAUGUCUUUAAA